GAUUUCGAGUGCUUUGUUUCGCGGUCUCACCUGCAGAAUAUCUAUAUACUUACCUAUUUAUAUCUAUAUAAUUCUCAUACGCUCAUCUAAGUCAGACGUGUCUACAUAAGACUACCAGACACAUCCAAUAUCCGUAUUUAGCUUCAUUUAAUGAUGGCUAAAGCAGCGAUCGGUCAGAUCUGCUCGAGCAACUCGAUGGCUCACAACCUCGAGCAGUGCGUUAAACUCGUGGGUCAGGCUGCAGCUAAAGGUGCUAAAAUCCUCUUCCUGCCCGAAGCAUCCGACUACAUCGGUACCUCAGCCGCGGAAUCGCUCGCCCUCGCCAAGCCCGUCAACACCUCCCCCUUCGUGAACGGCCUACGCUCGGCGGCCGCCGAGCACAAGCUCGCCGUGCACGUCGGGAUCCACGUGCCCGUCGCCGUGAAGCUGACCAGCGACCCGAGCAACCCGGUCCUGAACUCGAUCCCGGAGUCCGAGGACGCCGAAUCCGUCGAAAAGGCCAGCAAGGAGGCCGAAGAGAGCAGCAGGACCCGAGAGGAGGGCAAAGAAGAAGAAGCGGGAGAAAAUGAAGCAGACAAGGACCCGAAAAUCAAGCUCUACAACCGCACGAUCUACAUAACCCCCACGGGCGCGCUCCUCGAGAACGGAUCCUACGACAAACUGCACCUAUUCGACUACCCCUCAGCCUCCCUCCGCGAGUCCGCGACAACCCAAGCCGGAUCGCGGUUCACGCCACCGAUCCCCUCUCCCAUCGGCCUCUUAGGGUCGCUAAUCUGCUUCGACCUGCGCUUCCCCGAAGCGGCUCUGCACCUAACGACGCGGUCUCACCUGACCCCGCCCUCGUACCCUCUCGCGAACCCGGUCGCGAACUCGCCGAACCCGCUUAACCCCAGCGAGUACAAGGCCCCCGCCCAGGUCCUCCUGUACCCGUCCGCCUUCACCGUCGCCACGGGCGCCGCCCACUGGAGCGUGCUGCUCCGCGCCCGCGCCAUAGAGACCCAGUCCUAUGUCGUCGCCGCCGCCCAGGUCGGGCUGCAUAACCCCGGCUCCUCCGCGAACCCGCGCGUGAGCUACGGCCGCAGCACCGUCAUCGACCCUUGGGGCCGCGAGCUGCUGGUCUUGAAAGGGGUGCGCGAGGACGGGAAGGACGCGGAGGAGGGCGCGGUGGGAGAGCUGGGCGUGGUCGAUAUCGAUCUUGGCGAGUGGGAGAAGAUAAGGGAGGCGAUGCCGCUUAUUAGGAGGACGGACGUUUAUCCGGAGGUUUGAAGUAUUAGUACGGAAGAACGUUAAUUAAAUAGAAGGGAGAAGAAUAAUGUUUGAAUACUCGGGCAUGAGCUCUACUAUCUUGCCCAGCCAUUACACAAUCACUGCAUUCAAGUCAUAAGAAAAUGGUGGUGACGCCCAUAUACAACCAUCCAAAUCCACCCUCACACCUUGGCCGUUUCCUCAACUAUGCCAGCUACCGAAAAAUAGGGUAACCCCGAGUACUCGUACCAACGCCAUCUUGCAAAAGUGUCUGCAAAAGCCAUCCGUCAUUCGAGCUGCUUGUUCCAGACUCGAUUUUUCCGUUUCAGUAAAUCAUUUGCCA